UCCGCUGCUAGUCAGCAGUCUUGUCACGUCAAUUGUAAAUGAGGAUAGAAACUAGAGAGGGCGCCACAUGCGAAAGUUCACCAGAGAUAAAGCAAUUAAAAAGCAAGAGGAAGAGCGAGCGAGGGAGACCGCCCCUCGAACAGAUGUUGAUCAGUGAUAGAAAAUCCGCCGGUGCGACUAGACCCUCCGUCCAAAGCUACAGCCAAACCGUCCCGCCAAAUCGCGUAGUAGUUUUGCUUUUCCCUAAAGCUCACAUCAAAACUCUCGCUACAAGAUGACGUGCUACGUUACGUGGAUAUUUAUACUUGUGAUAGUGUUGGCGCUGCCGUUUCUCUAUACGUCCAGCAGCCGAUUUCGAAUGUAUCUGAAGUUUGCCAUCUUCUACGUCUGGACGCUGUUCGCUCCGGUACUCACCAUCCCGAUCAUCAUGUGGUGGCCUGGUGACCUGACAAACACCACAAUAGCCACCUUUCCUCUACGAAUACUGAACCCCUUGCUUGGGCUACACUGGGAAGUGCAUGGCCUUGAACAUAUAACUGUGGAUCGACCAGCCAUUGUUGUAGCAAACCACCAAAGCUCCAUUGAUUUUCUCGGUAUGGUGUACAUGUGGCCCAUGUUCCACAAGAUCACAGCCAUUGCAAAGAAGGAGCUGUUUUAUGCAAUGCCUUUUGGAUUGACUGCAUGGCUUUGUGGAACAAGGUUCAUCGAUAGAAGGAAUCCUGACAGGGCCAAAUCGUCAAUGAAUGCAGCUCUUGACUAUGUUAAGGAGAAAAAGGCUAAGUUAUGGGUGUUUCCUGAAGGUACAAGAAACAUGGCAGAUGAAAUGUUACCAUUCAAGAAGGGGGCCUUUCAUCUAGCAAUUGAAGGACAGUUGCCCAUCUUGCCCGUUGUGUAUUCGUCUUAUCGAGGAUUUCUUAGUCAUCCAUAUAAAGUUUUCAAUCCAGGUCAUAUUAUUGUGACGUGCCUACCCCCUAUCUCUACUGAGGGAAUGGAUAAAACUGAUAUGGAGGAUCUCAUGGAGGAUGUGCGUAAUCAAAUGAUGGAAGUAUAUAGAAGAACAUCAUCGCAGGAAUGUGACUUUCGCAAGUGCCCUGGUUUAGACCUGCAACAUCCGUACAAACGAAAGUGCAUGCCUGACGACAAGACGAGCGGUCUCUCGGUUAAAAUGCUUAUGUACUACCAAAUUCCUUCACUCAAGUCCAUCAUCCUUGGCCAUUAGCUGAAGCUGUCAAAAAACAUAGCUAAACCUUGUGGUGGUUGUAGCUUCCAACAACGCCUUUACAAUCUCCAAACCUGCUCCCUGCAUUGCAUUUACAAUUCUCUGCCACAUGCAAGAUAUGGCAGUUGUGCUUCUGUUUACUUAGUGAAUAUAUGAAGCUACUAAUGUAAGUGAGUUAGCGUUACCUACUGUUCAAAGGCAGUGAGGUCCUUAGUGGUCUUGAAUUACAGACUCCAUUUCACUGCUAAUCCUUGUGAUAACUCUGUAUUGCAGUGCAGCAUGACUGUGAUGGCCAUGUUAAUUGCAACAUAUUUUGUACUGUGUGAACCAUUUUCUGUAUUAAUUUUAGUAUUUACCAAAAUUCCCGUUCAAAUUGGCAAUGGUUUUUGCGUCAGAGAUAUCAGGGAAUGAAUAGUAUAAUCUAAAGUCAGGGUAUUACAUUAUUUUGCGUGGUAGCUUAGGUAACUGGAACUAUAUUAGAGCUAGAAAAUUGGACCAAAGAUAUACUGUAACAUUUGUGCAAAGGAGGACUUAAUCAUUUCUUCAGUAGUGGACAUCAAUGGCUAUGCAGAUGCUCAGAAGCAACACUAAACUUAAAUAGUGUUGAGUGCAUGAAAUUUUUAAUAGUUUCCGAGGUGAGAAUGAUUUGUUUGUCUUUUAUCAGGGCUCACUCGUGCAUUGGACGUGAGGUGUAUGUAUUAUAAGUGUCAUUUGUAUUAUUUUAUUCAACAUUUCAUUACUUAUUUAUAAAAAGAAAUUUUGAGCCAGGAGACAUAAUGGAUGCAAAAUUUUAUUUUCAUCAGUUGGCAGAGUUGCUGAACCAGUGCUGGCUUUUUCUGAAAAAAUUUGCUCUGAAGAAUGUUGGUGUUGAAGGGUAUUCCAUGUAAGGAGAGAGGAGUUUUGAAUGCACACUAUUAUCAUUACAAGCACCUUAUCUCGUUGCAAGGCCUGUUGUUAUUCUCAUUAGUUCCUUUGUUUUGUUAACUUUUAGGAUAUAAGGUUGAUUUACUGGUGAAAAAUAUCUUAAUGUUGAGGUUUAUUAUUGCUUUUUUUAUGUUGCUUAUGUUCUUUUGUUUUUGCAGUUCUCCUGUCAAUGUUUCCAUUAUGGUCACUGAUUGUCAUGUCUGUAGUGUUAUGCUGUUGAUUUUCCCAUUUUUAAAGAAAAAUGCUGAUUGUGUGAUAAGGCAACAUUUUUGGUGCUCCAUAAGUAUACUGGAGUAUUAUUGUUUGAAUCAUGUUUUUAUGCAGUAUUUUAGAUUAAACAUCUGUAUAUAGCACAAAUCUUCCAAUUUAUUUUUUUUUCUCAUAAAAUAUUAGAUUGUGUUUGAUUCAGUUAUUUGUAUUGUUUCAGUGAAGAGAAUUAUUUUAUAUUCUGUUAACUCGGACAGAUGUGGAACCACUCUCAUUAUUCUUUUUAUAAAUUAAUGUGAGGAGAUUUUUUGUCUUUGAAAAGUGGACUUAUAAAUAUUUUAGUCACAUUAGGGUGUAAGCUUUGUCAUUAAAGUAUUACAUAUAUUAUUAACAAAGGGCACCUUAAGAUAAGCAUUUUUCUUACGGGCUAACCACUGUUAUGGAACACACUUGAUGAGAUACAUCGUGGAAUCCCUAUCGUGAAUGCUGUUUUAGAUAUUUGUCUGUUCAUACAACACGAGAGGUGAUGAAUCCUAUUUUAAUCGUCAUAAUCAUCCUUGGUUUAGCUCUGUUUGAUGACGGAAUACAAGUGUUCCUCCAUCUGUCUAAUUGGAAUAAGAGUUCAUUAGAAUACAGAUCAAAUUUAUCUUCUAUGCAGAAAUGGAUUUUGUUGUAAUUUGAAGUGUUGUGAUAGCUGCACAAAUGCAUUAGUUAUAUUAUGAUUGUGUUUAUGUAGUUUAAGGGGCUCAAAGUCUUACCAGUUAACUAAAUUACUAGAAUUGAUAAAGUUGAAUUAGGAUAAUGUGAACAGAAUCAUGGACUGAAAACUUGCACAGCUGUAGCAAUGAAAAUGUGGCAUGGGGCUUUAUGAAAUUAUUUUUACUGAGAGUCAUUGAAGUUUCCUUGAGCGGGACUAGAACCAGAUACUGUAUUGAUAGGUAAGUCAAAAUAUACAAUGGUUUGAUAGGACAGCAUUUACUCUAUGGUAGUCUGUACCUUUUAAGGGUCAGUGAUACUUCAUUAGUUUCUUAUUCCUUUUAACCCCUGAGAUGGCACAAAAACUUAUUGGCCAGGGUGCACAAAAAAGGGUCUUGAAUAUCAGAAAACUUUAUAAUUAUUCAGUAUAUUAGCUGAUGUUGCAAAUGAAAGGCUUUUUUUAUUUUGUCCUUAUAAUGUUCUUCAGUAUUCCGUCUUUCUUGAUGUCACUGUCCUUUAUAUUUUUAUGCUUGUAAUUAAGAUUGUAAGAGCACUAAGCCACUCUGACUCCUCUAGAAAAAUUAUCUGCACAGUUCCGUCACGUGACGGUACCUUUUCUUUUCUUUUCUUUUCUUUCUUUUUUUUUUUUUUGCAUCAUCAUUUGACUACAUAUAUUGUGCAUAUGGACAAGAAUAUUGUCUUCAUUUAACAAAGGAUAGAAAAAAAUGGAUAAAAGGCAUUUGUAAGUUAAAAGUUAAGAUUUCAGUCACCAGUGUUUGUACAGUAUUAAUGAAAGACUGUAAGUGUUUCUGAUGCUGAAUGCAAUCAUUAACCGAGGUAACCAUCCUCCUCUGUGUCAUCUAAUAUUUAUUACAUUCUUUACCAAGUUUUUAGUUUAAGAGUUCAAACAUUUCUUUUAAAUACCAUUUGCCCAAGAUAAAUGAGUCAGAAUCACAUUAAACCUCAAAGGUUUAGUUUUAUUCUUCCCUGUGAAUUUAAUCAGCGGAAGGUUAUUGGUAUUAUAACGUGAUUUAAUUAGAAAAACUAAGCAUGUGCCAUUCUUUAAGGAAAAAUUCCAAGUUUACAUAAACUUGGCUUGCUAGUUUAGCAAAAGUUGGUUCUGUAUUUUAUAUAUAAAAGAAAAGUUCUGGCGUUGUUGAUGGUUCAGGUAUGCUGAUUAUAAAUUGGUUGAUGGUUCAGGUAUGCUUAUUAUAAAUUGAUAAUGAAAAAAUAAAAUUAUUUCAUAUUGAUUGAUUUGGUUAUAUGUUGAAGAUAAAAGAUAUAGCAUUGAUUAUAAUUUCUCAACAUUUUGCCAUUUUUUAUGGUUACAUAAACUGGUAAUGGACCAUAGUAUUGUUUUUUUAAUUCCAAGCAACUAUUUAAGAACUUGCCAAAGUACUUUGAUUGAGGAUAUUCUUUGAUUUAAUAGAUAAAAUACCAGGUUAGUUCAAAAUCUGUACUCUAUACUGCUGUGGCUUAGAUUUUGAAAAUGCUAAAACCACCAUUUUGUGUUCUGGUGUUUAUUUAUAGAUGAAAAGUAGGUGAGGCUCAUCAAGAACAAAGCUUUCCACCUCUUAUUUUGUUUCCUGAUAUUGCUGCUUAUUUUGUUUCAUGAUGUUGCUUAUUAGUCUGCUAACCACCACCAUGCAAUUGUGUGAUGAACGAAACACACUCAAGUGGAAACACACCAUGGAAAAGUAAAAAAAUGCUAUGGCUGGCAGAGAGAUUUUGUGACAGUUUAUAGUCUGUACAGUGCCUAUGCCAAUGGAAGCAGCAAUGAUCCCUUAGAUUGCUGUUGUCUUUUGCAUGGCAUGUACUGUUUAUGUUCAGGUUCCUUGAACUAAUGGAUUAAAUUUAUUUCUGAGUCCAGUAAUACACUAUGGUCAGGAUCCUAGUAGAGAGAGUGAAAGAGUAGGGGAUUUAACAAAUUUGAAUGGUGUAAAUUAUGUAGUGCCUGCAUUAAAGCUUAUGUAAUAUGUAUUUAUCAAUGUGGGUAAUAAUACAGGAAGCUUUCAUGGUUUUCAAGGAGUGGUUUCACUAAGCUUAUUGAUAGAUUUUUGGGGUCAUGAAUUUGAUAGAUUUUUGGGGUCAUGAAUUUAACAUCAUUAAAUCUUAUUAGAUUUAAUUAUACUACAUAAAGGGUUCUAAGUUGAGCUUCAGCGAGAGUCCUAGGUUUAUGAGUGAAACAAGACAGAGAAUUUCUUUUUCACCAAUCUCUCUUUCAAUAUAAAGCUUCCAACAAACAAGUUUUACUUAUUUUUUGCAUACUACAAUUGAAGUAGGAUUUCUGUUUUUAUAUUUUUACUGUUUAUAUUUAAGUAUUCAUCAUUAGCAGUGGAUAUUCAUGUAAAUGAAAAAAUUUUAUUGUUAAAUCCUUGGUUCAAAAGAUUUAUCAUGGAGGGCUAGUGUAUUUAAAAUAAAUUUUUGUUUUUGCUUAUUUUAUCAUGAGUACUAUUAAGAGAAGUUCCAUUAUUAUUUAUCAUGUUUUUAAGACAAUACAUGACCAUUGAAAACAUUAUAAUGAAAACUUCUAAUCAAAGAAUAUUUAUUGUAGAUUCUGGUGACUUGACAUUUUCCAUGUACUGGAUGAAAGAAUUCAUAAUCUGUAGUUACAUUUGACUAGUUAGCCAAGUUACUUUAGAUAUAUGUACUAAUGAAAGAAUUAGCUGACAGCAUUGAGUGAGAAAAUGUCUAAUUAUUAUUAACCCCAUGAUGUGAUGCUGGUAGACAAGGCCUUUUUGUAGCAAUUAACAUACUGGUAGCCAUGGUGCUCAGAUUAGACAAGAAUGCUGAGUUCCAUUUACCUCCCCAAGACAAUAAGGUAAUUAUAAAAGAAAAAUAGCUUGUUAGAUUGGUGAUGCUUACAUGAGGUAGAAUUAGUCCACUGUAAAUGUCAGGAAUGUUGCUUCACAGAAGAGAUGGGGGAAGUUUUUGCAUGAAUGAAGACAGACUUUUUAAUUGUUUAUAUCUUCACUAGUUACAAUUGCAUAGGAAAAUACUUUCAUUCUUUGCAUGGUGUGUAAGUACCUUGAGAAAGCAACUGCAGAAUACAGUAGUAGUACUGAUUUUAGUAUAGAUUGAUUGUAGUAAUAAUGUACAGAAUGUAGAAAAAAUUUAAGUUAUGAGGAUUGAGGUUGUGGCUCUGCUCUUAUACAGUACAGUACUUCCAAACUGAUUUAGGUAGACUUGUAGAUUGUAAAAAGAAUGUAUUGUUGCCUGCUUGAGGGUCUUCGUUAGUCUUUCUAACUUCAACUUACAAACCACUUGCUAUGCUAGGUGUAAAGCAUAAUUUCAUUUUAUUUAAAUAAGUCUUUAUAGAAUUACCAUUUGGAUUCCAAAGCUCAUAAAUUAGUAUUUUAAAGAUAAAAUAGCAGACUAUUAAUGAAGCACAGGCAUAGGCCUUAGUAUUGAAAUCAACCAUAUUAAAAAAGUUACUGGUUUUAGAUAGUGGUGGCUUCGCGUUGUCCAUCCAAUUUUUGGUUAAAAUGAAAAUAACAGAGCACCUCAUGCUAAUUUUCCAUUCUCAAAAUUAUGAUGUCUGGCUGCACAGACAGCCAGCUGAUAUGAUAUUGAAAUGGUGGGUUACAUUUCAUACCAGUUCUUCUUGGUUUGUAUAUUGGAUUAGGAGAAUACAAUGCAGGAAACAUUUUCUGGCCACUUAAGCAUCUGUUAUGGUAAUCCCUAUUAUUGGUUUUGAGGAUUUCAGCCAAAGCUUGUUCUCUGUAGCUUUGACAGUUUUUAGUGUAGAUUUUUUAAUGGAAAUGAAACCCACCUUUUGGAAUGACUCAUCGUUGUUUCGAAACUUGGCAAAUUCUGUAUUAUGUACUUUGUACUUAACGUUCACACUUUUCCCUUCCUAGCUUUCUUAUUCUCAGGAAUAAUACAUUCCAGUGAUCAUUCAGGUCUUGCUUCACAUACAUUAUUAUCCUUUCUUUUGUACAUUUAGGCAAUGUAGUCUUGUUAUCUUCAGAAACUGAAAAACUAAUUAUUUAAUGGUCAUAUUUUGGAUAAGUGUAAAGCUGAGUAAUACUUUGGGAGAAGGGAAGAGGUUGGAUUUUUAGAGUAGAGUGUUUGUUAUGACUUUGAUUGCUGACUGUUCAAAUUUUUUUCCUAUAUAUUUUGUCAUCUGCCAUAUUUUAUUCUGUUGGUUUUCAGAGUCUGCUUUUUUAUUAUUUCUUGCUUAGUAUUGGCAGGAGUUAUUUCCUGAGAUUUUAGUCAUUUAAAUAGAAAUGUUCAAUACAGUACAGUGUGUGUUUUAGGGGUGAUGAUUGGCACAAGGUGUAUUGUUUUGCCAUAUACUAGUAUGGUAGCUAACACUGUGACUCAUUUUCUGAGGUCUUCCAGAGGUAACUCAUUUUAUUGCAGUAAUUAAAAAUGCUGUAGAGUUGUAAUUGACUUGAAAAAGCAAAAUUAUUAAAGCAAUGGGAGUAUUCUUUAUACUAUAACAGUACAGCUAUUCAGUAAGAAAAACUAUGAAAAGUAUAAUUCUUGAAAAGAUUUACAUUGAGUAAGCCUGGCUCUUUAAAAACAUAUUUUUUUUACUAAACCUCUGUUUGAAUAUAAAGGUUUUGUAGUGGAGAUUUAGUACUAUAGUUUCAGAGUGAACAGCUCUUGUAGUUUAUGCCAGUAUUCAGCAGGAGUGUUUUAGGCAUUAGGUUUGGCCUCCAGCAAUUUUUUUUCUACAAUCCAUUAAUUUCAUGCUGUGUGUAGUUGAGGUCAUGUUUCUUGUAAAUAUUGUUGUACAUGAAUAUUGAGAAAUGACCUUUAAUUUGCUAAGCAACUAUUGUUUGACAGUUUGUUUCCAGUGCAGUGCUAAUAACACUACAGUAUUACUUCAGGACAGUAUUUAAAAAAUGGAAAUACUAGUGAUUUCUGUCAUCUUAAAACACUAUUGUCCAUAGCACUGUCUGUAAGUACAGUUCAUUUUGCCCUGGUUAACAUUGGAAGAUUAUAUGUAGAAGAAAUUUAUUAGAUAAUGGAAGAUUAUAUGUAGAAACAAUUUAUCAGAUAUAAAAAUCUCUCUCUCUCUCUCUCUCUCUCUCUCUCUCUCUCUCUCUCUCUCUCUCUCUCUCUCUCUCUCUCUGUGUGUGUGUGUGUGUGUAGGGCUCUUAAGUUUUGUAAUCAAUAUUUUAUCCAUAUUUUAUGUGGAAUGUUUACAUCUGAUAUCAAGAGCUGUUUGAUGAACAAAAGGUAAUGGGUGGCAAGGGAUAUUUGAUUACAAGGAAAUUCUAUUUACGCCUUAAGUCAGUGCGACCGUGUUCAGCGAGGUUAGUUUAUGAAGGCAAUUGCAGAAGCUAAAACUCUACUGUUUUUUUGGUUUAACACCACUUAAUUAUGAUGCGAGGUAGGAACAAAGAAAUAAUUUAUACCAUUUGGUUGAUCUACUUAAUAUUCUAUAAAAAGUUGGAAGUAUAUUCUGAAGAGUUCAGUUGUAUAGAUGAUUUUUUGUACUUUCUAUUAUUCUUAAUUUUUCUACUUAUACAUUUAAAUAUGAAAUAUUGUAACUCAAAUUUCAUAUCUUCAUUUCAAGGUUUAUGCUACUAUAUUGAAGUCAUGUAUAACCUUUUGAUUGCCUUGAAUAUUUUUUAGUACUUAAGUUUUUUAGAAGAAAUUUUUGGUGACGUUUAAAUACAAACUGUACUGUAAAAUUUGUAUUGAGUAGUUUUGGAAAAAAAUUUGUUUUCAGUCAUAUAUUCCUCAAUAAAAGCUUAUUUUUUAGUCAUAUAUUCCACAAUAAAAGCUGCAGAAAAAUAACUGGAUAUUAAAGCUGCUACCAAAUUUGAUUAUGUUAUGAUGGUGUUAGUUUAGUAAGCAUUAUCUUUUUUUUAACAGAGUACAUUUUUUUUUUUUAUAAAGAGUACAACUGCUUUUGGAAUAUCACUAAAAAUUUCUGUAGAGGAGGAUUAAUGGAAUGGAUCUUAAUUAACUGUCCAGGGAGGAUAAGGAAAAUAUUUUAUCCAAGUAAAUUUGAUAGGAAAAGUUAGUUAUUGGGAGACAUCAAGGUUCAAUAUUAAGUGUACCCUUUCAUAUAUAUUAGAUGGAGCAACCUUGAAAGCUUCCUUUUAGAGAAUAUUGUAUCCCUGACUGUAGAGGCAGGCUGUUGGAAUUUCAGAAGUCUCAGAUGGGGUGAAUUUGCACCUCAAGUGUGAGCCUGAUUCAACCUUUCUGGAGUGCCAAAGAUUUAUAUAUGAUUACAAUAACUGUUGUAUGAUUGCAGCUUGGCAUUUGUGCCUAGUGAAUGCAAUUUCCUACAGUACGCAGACUUUUCCAUUGCUGUGUAGUGAAGGGUCUUGGUUAGAUUUAACUUGAAAUCUUGACUGUCUAGUUUUAUAUGCUGUGGGCUAGUUUUUUUCUGUUAGGUAUAAUUAAAUGUAGUAUGAAGAGAUUUUUCUUACCCUUGGUAAAUAUCACAAGUUGUCAUAAGGGUGGAAACAUGAGAUUCUGACUGAAUAAUUUUUAUUCAGAGUAGUACUCAGUCUUAUGAAAGCAAGACCUUUUCAGUGCUAGAGAGAAGGUACAAGCCAUGAUUUUACUCCUGUGUAACAUGGUGUCCAUUGGUUGAAACGGACCACAUCAGGCUUGAAAUACCUCAUUUAGCUGUGUUUGCCAGACAUCAUUUUGCAUUCAUUUUAAAGCAAUUGUAAUUUUAUUUCUGAAAUAGUUUAACAUGAUUUUUGCUACUCCCUGGACUGUUCGUAUUUUAAAUCCUAUUCUGCUUUGGCACUUGAAUGAUUUCUAUUAUAAAUGCUAUUGAACAUGGUAGACUUUUUAUUACAAACUUAUCCAUUGGUAAAAAUAUAAUUAAAACAUUAGUUCUUUUAGCACAAAAUCCAUCUCACCUCUUUUGCUUCCUGUAAGUGACAGAUUAAAAUCAUAGCUGUACUUGGCAUUAUAUUGCAUUGGUUAAUGUUAGAUCUAAAAUUAUUUCCAGUUUAUUGAUGGAAGUUGAUACAUAAGCCUAAAACAAUGAAUGUUUAAUGAAAAUUUCCAGGUAGACCUCUUGUAUUUUCUGAGAUGCAUUUUAAAUGGACAUAUUUUAUUUGAUAGCCGAUAUAUUUUUACCAGCAUAUACUCAUUUUGCAUAUUCUCUGUUGUAACUUAUGAAAUAGGUUAUUUUGCAGUCAGCAGCUUCCAGUGAAAUUAUAUUUGUGUAAAUGCUGCAAUCCCCAUAGUAUGUACAGUUCAAGUUAUGUAGACUUAUUUAUUUGAAGAUUUUUUGCAGUUGUAGGUUGAGGUUAUGGGUACUCAAACUUGUUUGAUAUUUAUCAGACAUUUUCCAUUUGCUUUCCUUAAGGUUGUACAUGUAAAUGAGCAUAAGUGCAAAUUUAAACAGUCCUUGGGUGCUAUGGAGCUUUUUUGUAUGUAUUUGGUCAUAUGUUCCUUUUAAGUUCUUGGACUUUUUCAUUGUAAGUCGUUUAUUCCAAACUUUGGUGUUAUAUGCAAAUUUAAGCUUUAGUGUUAGAUAUUAACUUUGUGCCUGAUAUGGUUACUGAUGUAUUAUGGCUCAUAUAUCAAUGAUAGUUUCAUUGUUGGAACUUCUAUCUGGCAUGAAUCAUGUUGGUCUGAAUGAAGCUGCUAAUCAUAAUCCAGACUACGGGUUUUUCUGAGGCAUUCUCCUUUUAAUGAUGACGAAAAAAUUCCAAUGGGUAAGAUUAACUGGGUACUAAUACAUAACAUGAGAUAAUUGCUGUUAUGAAGAGUUGUGCUUUUUCAAGAUCAUAAUUUUGCAGUGCUAUAGAUAUAUACACAUAUGUAUAAAUCUUAAUAAGAAAAUGGUCAGUCCAGCCAUUUGAGAGUUAAGAAAUUUGUCUGUGUUCUAGUUCAACUACCUGAUAAAGAACCUCAGUGGUGUGAUUGUUAUGGUCUUGGCCUACUACCUCUGUGGCCACAAGUUCGAUUCUCGGGCAUUCCACUGAGGGGUUAGAGAUGUGUAUUUCUGGUAAUAGAAGUUCACUCUCGACGUGGUUCGGAAGUCACGUUAAGCUGUUGGUCCCGUUGCUGAAUAACCACUGGUACCAUGCAACGUAAAAACACCAUACAAACAAACAAACAAACUACCUGAUACACAUAUUAAGAAAAUGGUCAGUAUUUGAGAUGUCAUCUUUCUGGGUUGUUUUUUCUCAAACAGAGUAUUAUGAAUUACUAAAUGUUCUGCUAGUCCAUUGGAAAGUUUUUGUAUGCAUGGCCAGGUGGAUUGAUUACUUGUUUAGUUUUUUUUACAUUGCGUAACUUGGAUACAGGUUUUUGUAUCGCUAAUAUAUGAAUAUAUAAAAUGUU